AUGGAAGAAGGUGUACAGAGGUGGGCUGUUAACAUAUCUAACUGGAAACCUUCUUCGCAUCAUUUUCUCGCUGCCAUGUCUGUUCUCCCCGGCCAUGAACACUCCUCCAUCACCAGGUUUGUGAAAUUGGAGGAUCGAAUACGAGCCCUCGUAAGUCGGCUGCUGCAGUAUGCGCUGGUGCACAAAGUCUUGGGGAUUCCAGUUCAUGAGAUCAUAAUCCGGCGAACUCCUGAGGGCAAACCCUUUUUGGUGUCAGAUAACAUGAAGCUGAGAUUUAAGAAUUUCAAUUACAACGUAUCCCAUCAUGGUGAUUAUGCUGCAAUAGCAUCUGAACCUAUAUGUCUCGUGGGGCUGGAUAUAGUCUCUCAUUACAUCCCUGUGACUGAGUCGGCUUGCGAGUUCAUUAAUAGCUUCUUGCCGUACUUCUCUAGUUCAGAAUGGUGUCAUAUAUUCAAAGCUAGCUCGUCUGAUGAGAUGUUAAAAGUGUUUUACAAAUAUUGGUGCCUGAAGGAAGCUUUUGUGAAAGCCAUUGGCUCUGGUGUAGGAUAUAAAUUGGACAGUGUUGAGUUUCAUCAUGAAAAUUGGGAUAAUAUAUCUGUCAAAAUUGGUGGGAAAGAGUUACAAGAUUGGAAAUUUUGGCUUCUGGAAUUGGGACCAAAUCAUUCGCAUGUUCGACAAAUUCUCUAUAAAAUCUGGUGGUUCGCCUCGCCAUGGCAAGGCCGACUCGAUCAGGGUAGUCGGUUUUCCUCUCUGUCACGGUUAGCUCUCAGUCGCGGUGGUGUUCGGCGUUCGCCAUCGCGCCUGGAGGUCAAAGGUCGGAUUGAAGCUCGACGUCGAAGAAAGCUCCCGCCGCUGCUGCUUGUUCGCGGUUCACCUGCCUCGCCGCUAGUCGUCAAAAUUAAGGGUUGCGGAUAA